UUCCAGUACCAGACCAGGCGCAGGGGCCAGCACGAUCGAUCCCACCGUGCAGCCGCCCGCAGAAUGAAAUCUGCGCUUCAAUCCUUGAUUGAUAACUUCCAACCUCGAAUGGGAAGGAGAUCUUUGGCUCCCCUCAGAAACCGGUACCCUGCACCCCUGCAGCGGCCAUAUAGCCAUAGUCAAGUUCUCUCCUGCAUAACUCCCAAUGGGUAACACCCCAGCUCGCAGGAAGUAAGCUGUCUUUAGUCUGAGGCUCAGCAUUACUCGCCGCUAGUCAAAUCCCGAGCUACUAAGUCGACAAGGAUGUAGAUUUUCCGCUUCAGAGAGUGCCAAAUUGUCUUAGUUAUGGCCGAAUACUUAGCUAGUUCGUUGACGCCUAGGUCUGCGCUUGGUUUUCCUCACUCCAGCAACACUGGGAAGAUGGACGUUAUCCAGACUUCGACGGCCCCGGGCAAGGCUUCCGAGAACCGACAUGCAGCUAUCUUUGCGGUCGGCAUUGGGUUCAUCGCAUUCGACUCCAUCGUCAUUGGGCUGCGUAUCUACGCACGUGCAUUUAUGCUGCACGCUCUUGGAACGGAUGAUAUUCUGAUGGUAAUCGGUGCAAUUCUCAAUUUCGCACUAUCAAUAACCAUUAUGGUUGGAUCCAAGUACGGAAUCGGAAAACACGCACUUGCCAUACCGAAAAGCGACACUGUGCCGAUGCUGAAGUGUAUUUGGGCUACGCGCAUCCUCUACACGCUUUCGAUGGGAACAGUCAAAAUGUCACUACUGUGGUUCUAUCUUCGCCUCGAUCCUCGCAAGUCCAUGCGCUGGGCCGUCUUCUUCGUCAUGUUCUUCAACGUCGCAUUAUCUCUUGCCAGUUUCAUCGGCGCACUGGCGAGCUGCAGCCACCCCUCUUUAUUCUGGACUAAUCCAACUUCGAGCUCAUGUAUGCCCCUGGAACAACAACAACUCUUCUAUGAAGUUAAUGGCAUCUUGAAUAUUGUGGCGGAUAUCCUGACCUACCUACUGCCGGUUCCGAUGCUGUACGGACUACAGCUGAACUGGCGCAAGAAGGGGGCUAUUCUAGCAAUCUUUGGCCUAGGCAUCCUGUCUCUUGCCGCGGCCUGCGUUCGAUAUGACUUUGUUACAAAACUAGCCUCUGCUAGAGAGGAGUACUACCUCCUUUUGGCUGACUCACUCAACUGGUGCACCAUUGAGGCUUACGUCGCCAUCUUCUGCGGCUGCGCCCCAUCCCUGUCUGCCCCGAUUAAGGCCUGGGCCCCGUCUCUGUUUGGUUCCAACCCCACCAAGUUCCCAGAUAGCGCACGGUUGCACAGACCAAGUUAUCUGCAGCGGCAAAGCCUGCGAAGAAGUUCUCGCCGCCGAGGACUGGGUGAGACUAUACUGGAAAGUGAGGAUGCCAUUGUUACUGUGAGUGACUGUGAUCCGGGGAGUGAUGGUAUUAUGAUGAAAACAGUUAUACAGACUGAUGUGGCUAUACUGAGCCCAACAGAGGAGCUAAUUGAUAGAAGGGGGUGUAAUGAGUUUGCAAGGCGGGUUUAAUGUUAAAUUACUCUAAGACUG